UUUUAUUCUUUACUUGUCUUUCUCGAUACACGGGCGUGUUGAUACCCUGCUUUCUCGGGCAUUGACCUUGGAGAAAGUCAAUACUGUGAUGAUGAUCAUUUAUUCCUACUUACUACCUGUACUGUACAACCGACGGUGUUUUAUUAGGAAGGGGGGGUUUUUGCUGGGGGUUUCUUGUAUCUCGUGGUUGAUCUUGCAUGCUGUGUUUCUGUUCCCUUUUCCUUACCUUUCCUUGCCUUUUCUAUUCUUUUUCUUCAUUGUAACAUAUAUACCUCUUUGGAUUGAUCAUUUUCAUAACCAUGGCAUUCUUGUUUUUUUUUCUUUUUUUUUCUUUUUAUUUCUUUUUUCAUUUUUUUUUCUAUUUUUCAUUUGUUGGUUUCUUCUUGUAGGGAGGGGAAUUUGGAAGAGCCCUUGGGAAGGGGUAGAAUGAGCAUCACAGGAUCCACUAUAACCAGAGAAAGGAUACCUCUUCUAUAAGUCUAGUCCAGUCCAAGCAACAAACAGAAUUUCGUAGUACCAAC